AUGCUCUACAGCAUGCCACAGUCGGAGCACGGAAGCUCACACCCACUCCCGUACGGCCCAAUCUACGACGUUCCAAAACCGCUGAAGAACACAGACGAUGUCCUACACGUGAUGCCCGAGAGCGUGAUAGAGAUCCGAGACCUCGGAGUGGGACGAUUUGGAAUGGUCUCCCUUGCAGCGACGGUCGGUCUCAGCUUCAAGGAUAUACGUCUCGGGGAGAACGACGACAAACACCGUAGCCUCCUGGUAGCGAUCAAGAAGUUGAGCCCCGAUGGAGGCAAGAACUUGCGGGAUUCCUUUGAGAAAGAGAUAAAGUACAUGGCUCGGCUGCACCACCCGAACGUGGUGCAUCUGCUGGGGGUGUGUAUGGUGGGCACUCCCUUCAUUAUGAUGGAAUAUAUGGAGAAUGGGGAUCUCAAUGAGUUUCUUCAGAAGCAGAACCUGGUGGAUGACGGGGUGAGCCUCCUGCAGGAAAACGAGAUAUCCCCCCUCGUUUUACUCUAUAUGACGGUGCAGAUCGCCAGCGGGAUGCGCUACCUGGCCUCGCAGCGUGUUGUCCAUCGCGACAUUGCCACCCGCAACUGCCUAGUGGGCCACGACUUUGUCGUCAAGAUCUCCGACUUUGGCAUGAGCCGCAAGCUCUAUGAAUCGUUCUACUACAGGGUCCACGGGAAGCUUAUUCUCCCCAUCAGAUGGAUGGCAUACGAAUCGUUCUAUGGCAAGUUUUCAGUGAAGUCUGAUGUGUGGGCGUUUGGAAUCACCAUGUGGGAGAUACACACCCUCGCUCGCUACGAGCCCUACCACGAGUUAAUCGACGAGGAAUUAAUCGCUGACGCCAUGAAGGGGGACAGACGCCAGCGUCCAGCACGACCGGCCAUUGUCCCCGACGCCAUAUAUGACGUAAUGCUCCGCUGCUGGGUGCACGAUCCGUUCAUGAGGGGAGACUUUGAGGAAGUGUAUUCUCGUCUGUUUUUGGCCUACACGAGGAUGUGCCAGCAGUGUAGUUGA